AUGCAGAAGCUCAGCCCCGAUCAAGAAAAACACUUGGCCGAUUGGGUCCUUGCCCAAGAGGCUUUUGGGCUUCCUGUCAAGCAUAGGCAGAUCCAGACCUUCGCCAACCGCAUCCUCCAUGCCUCUGGAUCUGACCAGACUGUUGGCAAGCAUUGGCUCCAGAAGUUCAUCAACAGAUAUCCGGUUCUGAAGACGAAGAGGAACAAAAGUAUGGACAUCAAGCGGCUGAGUGGAGCUAGUAUUGAUGUGAUCAAGGCUUGGUUCCGUCUACUCGCGAUUCCGAUCAUCAAGUCGGUUGACCCGCGAGACCGUUGGAAUAUGGACGAAACGGGGAUUAUGGAGGCCACGAGUCUGACGACUUCAUGUGGACGUGUUAUAUGUCACGGUUAUGGUCGCGUACCACGCCCCGAUGAGGGCACGCGCGGGAAGCGUUCCCAGCCAAUCAUUAAGAAUGGGUCUCAGACCAAUCAGCAGAGGAACGAAGGGAACGGCUACCGUUCCCAGGAUCCAGUCUGGAACGAGAGGAACGAUCACCGUUCCUCACGUUCCCAGCAAAAGGGUCCUGAAGUAGGUUCGUCACAUUAUAUCAACAACAUCUACCUUCUCUUCUUACCAGCACACGCCUCUCAUGUUCUCCAACCUCUUGAUCUCUCUGUCUUUUCUCCCUUGAAGACUGCCUACCGUUGUGGCAUUGAUGACUUGGCUCUGAUGACCGACAGUGCCCCUAUUGGCAAAAGACUCUUUCUCUGUUGUUAUUCAAAGGCUAGGAGCGAUGCCAUUACGGAAAGAAAUAUCCGUAGUGGUUGGAAAGCGUCAGGGUUAUGGCCAGUCAACGUCGACAAGCCUCUCAUGAGCCGUUUACUCUUGCCGACCCAGCCGACCCAGCCGACCCAGCCGGCUCAGCCAAAUCAGCCAACUCAGCCAACUCAGCCAACUCAGCCAACUCAGCCAACUCAGCCAACUCAGGCAAGCAGUCAGGGUGUCAACAAGCCGAGCAGCCAGGAGGUUAAGACUCCAAGUCGCAGUCAAGAGGUCCACAAAUUAGUCGCUACCAACUACCGUCUAAAGCGACUCAAAGCAAUAGACCCAGUAGCUCGGACUCUCUUUGCAAAGGUUGGCAAAAGUCUUGACUACACAGCUAUCCAGCUAGCUAGUCAACAACAGAGGAUUCGGGCAUUGGAAGCUGAGGUAGACAGGCUGAAGCCUAGGAAAAAGAAGAAGGUUAGGUUGGACCCUAACACCCGGUUUGCUCAAAUUGAGCAAAUAAUGCAGGCCAAAAGGCACUUGCAGAGGAGUUAA